UUACAUGGAUACAUCCACUGCAUGCCGUAGGGAAAGGUGUCGUUGGUGAUGAGAUUGUUGCCUCGCGUUCCUGGAUAUACGAGGACGCUAUGGGCCUCGACAAGAGCCGUCAAGGCGAGGGAGAGAAGUAGUGACAGCCGCAUAUUGUUGUUGUGUGUAUGUGUGAGUAGCUCUCUCUCUUAUGAAUAAAAGUAGAUCGGCUUGGCGUGUGCGUAUAGAAGGAAUCGCAGAUCGGUUAUACAGCUGAUUAUAAUGUCGCCUUGGGAGAUUUUUCUCUCUUGUCGAUUUGCGGCAGUCUCACUCUCGUGUGUUGUGUGGAGUAAAUGUCCAAAAGGCCCAGCCUUUAUCUCUUUCUCAGCCUCUUUCUUCAGCAAUAGAUAUCUCGCUGCUGGAUAUCCGGGUCUUAUUACUAAUAGACCAAAGAGUCUUAAAGUCACAGCGAUUGCGUCGUCCGCGAGAACCAGAGAAACAAAAGAAGUUGAAAAAGAAGAAGCGUGCGCAACCGCCAGUCUUAAGAAAUGGUCAUCUGGGGGCCGAAAAGAGACGCAAGGCCCGCCCUGGUCCAUCCGUCUAGUGGUGUGUGCCGCCAGCACGAGAGAAAGAGAAAAAAAAAGCCGCCAUUGCAUUCGCAGCCGCCCAACUGCCUCGCCUGCCUUCCCACCCUUCCCUGAAAAAGGAUAGACGCCACCCCGAGACGGGGACCAGACCGGGCUAGGCCAGAGCUGGAGACAGGCGAGAGAGACGCCGCCUUUGAGUGGACAGAGGAUCGAGAACCCGUCUUGUGUUCAGCUUUUUCCCCGC